AUGAAGAGUCACUCAAAUGAUGAGACAUGUGGAGCGAAACAAGAUGGAAUUUAUAUUCCUGUAAUCUUAAUCGCUUUAGUGUACAGUCGUGCACUUCCUUCUCCGAUGAUGAUGAUGAUGAUGAUGAUGAUGAUGACGAUGAUGAGCUUUGAAGAAACUUGCCUUAUCAAUCAAAGAACGUUACUUUAUUCGAUUGAAAUCAGUUGUAAUCUUAUCGGAAAGAUUAACUUUACCACAAAACUUUGA